AUGCCCAUCUUCCAGGACGACAUUCAUCAUGAAUCGCCGGCCUCUAGCCCUAUCGCUAUUGAGCCGGCACCCUCGAGGAGCCGUCGCUUGUCUGAGGAGAGUCUACGAACCGAACUUUGCGAAGGGCCGGUUCCCGAUAGCCCUAUGCAUUCAUCGACAACAAAGGGCGACGAGGAGAACAGGAUAUCGGAUAGAGCCGAGCUGAUAGAGAGGUUGAAACGGGGAGAGAGCCCAACUUGGGUCCCCAACCGACAUCUUGAGUCGAUUCUUCAGCAUGAAAACUCCCAUAGCGCCCAGGAGCAAGGCAGAACCUCACCCGAGUCACCUAAUCUCCUACCGCCAGCGCCGAUUACACCAGACAAAACCAAGCUGCCAGAGUCGGCCGAUGCGAGACUACGAGAUGGGCUGAGCAUCGAACGACCGAGAUCAGCCUUUCAUAGCGGCGAUUUCACGAGCGACGUAACAGCAUCUGAGAAUGGGCAGCACAACGACCCGGGCAGGCCUGGUGCCCAAGGACGAAUGACGACUGAGCAUGCUUGGUUCGCAACCUCACCACCUAGACACUUUACGCCAUUUCCCUACGGAGUAAGGGCCCAUGGUAGGAGAACACAUCCGCUGGAUACAGAUAUCGCCGAUGGCUUCAAGUCCGAUACCUCUCCUCUAUCAACAUCAUUGUCCAGCUUCGCGUAUCAACCUCCGACUAGUCCCCUUGCCCAGUCUGAGACGAAUGAAGAUGUCGACUUCUCUACGCCUCCUGAAUUCCCCUCUAUGAAAUACAAGUCAACGUGGCGACACCAGCUCAACUCAAAUCAUUCUUCGCCAUUUCAUCCUCCCUCCUCAAGGUCACGGCCACAGUCACGAUUUCCGCCACGACGAGAGGGUGCUCUGCCAUAUCAAGCCCACCAGCCUCGCCGCUCUUUGACUUCUACCCCUACUUUCCCCCACAGUCACCACCACUUCUCCUCUCCUCAAACGCCAGCCUUGCUGCGCUCUCGACGACAAUCCUUUGGCCCAGACACCUCGCCCAUCCAGCACGCCUCCAUGGUUGGUUCAUACGAAGAGAGCAUUCUGCGUGGCCGCAUGUCAACAACACCAUCAAAGCCAUUUGAGUUUGUUGCCCAGAUUGGCGUAAUGGGAAAGGGCAACUGCAAAUCCAGCCUCAGAUGCCCGCGGCAUGUAACUCUCCCCUUCCCCGCCGUCUACUAUAGCUACGGUGGUGCUCCCCAUGGGAGAUCGCUCCUUGACGACGGCCCAAGCCCAUACGUCGGCCAGAUUGACUUGGAGAACGGACUUUCCAACCCCGAAGAGGAGUCGAGAUCGCGAAGAAAGGCACAAAGCCGGUACAGUGACAGAAAGCAGCAGGCCAGCAGCGAAACAGCCGGGUUGAGUGUCCAAGAAACGGAGGCGGAUCGAGAACGGCAAAAGGCUGCCAAGUCCAAGCGCCUACCGGCUUCUCCGAGAGCGCCCCCAGGAGGAAGCUAUAGAAUCCCUGAAACAGGGCAGAUUCAAAUCGUCAUCAAAAACCCAAACAAGACAGCAGUCAAACUCUUUCUAGUGCCAUAUGACUUGACCGGCAUGAUGCCAGGAACCAAGACUUUUAUCCGCCAGCGCAGUUAUUCUGCUGGUCCCAUAAUUGAUAAUGUACCAAACAUGUCCCAGGCGGACGGCGACCGCCCCAUUCUCCGAUAUCUCGUUCACUUGCACAUUUGCUCGCCCGCCAAGGGGCGCUUUUACCUGUACAAGAGCAUUCGCAUUGUUUUUGCAAACCGGGUGCCUGACGGCAAGGAGAAGCUGCGUAACGAAACAACGUUGCCCGAACCGCGCUUCUCUCCCUACAAGCCCAUCCGUGUGAUGAAUCCUCCGCUUUCGACCUCCAGUGGCGCGGGAGCCAUGUUGGCCAACGAAAAGGCCUUGCGGCGGCGCAGCCUGGGCAUUUUCAUGAGCGGCAACACGUCGAACUUUGAUGGUAUUGACGGCCUUGCAUCUCCUGAGGAAAUGCCAAUGACGGCUCCGUCGCCCGGCUCUGAUCGCGGCAGCGUCACUCCCAUGGAAUUAAUCCCACUGCGUCUUCCGCAGCCAAACACCCCUGCCAACAGCCGCCCGUUCACCAAGGACUCGGGAGGCGUUGACACCUGGGGCCCAUCGCAAUACGAGAAGCUCAACAGGGGCGAUGCCGGCUACGGAGGGAACGCUUUUAGCCGCUCUGCUUCUAGCAGCUCUCCUGGAAAUGCUCCUGAGGGACUGCUCUCUCAGCGCCUGCGUGGCCUAGGCGUAAAGCCUCAGCAGACGGACUGA